CCCGCCUCUCCCUGUCAGCCCGCCUCUCCCCGUCGCCGCGCUCCCUCAGCUUAUAUAUAAAACGGCCGCUGUCUCGCUCUGCCGGUCUGGGGUAUUGCUACCCCCUUGGCCGUAGAGGCUGCACACGGAGCGGCGUCGGUGCGGUGCAGAGCCGGCUGCCAUGGCGGCCGAGGCCCUGGCGGCCGAGGCCGUGGCUUCACGCCUGGAGCGGCAGGAGGAGGACAUCCGCUGGCUGUGGGCGGAGGUCCAGCGCCUGAGGGACGAGCAGCUGAACGCUCCCGACCGCUGCCCGGUCGAGGGGCCGUGCCUGACGCGGGAGGUGGCGCAGCUCCGGGCCGAGAACCGCGACCUGCGCCACCGCCUGUCCCGCCUGCGGCUGUGCCUCGCCGAGGAGCUGAGCCAGCAGGCAAAGCUGGAGAGCGCGGCGCGGGCGGCGGCGGCGCAGGAGGAGGCCGGGCGCGCGGCUGCUGGCGCGCAGCCUCCUUCUAGUCAAAGCCAAGAAAAGAGCACUAAAAUGAAGGAGGAGGAAGGUGGGCCUGAGAGUGAGGUGAAAAAUCAACCAAAUUUCAUAAAGGAAAGGUUGAAGCUUUUUGAAAUAUUGAAGAGAGACCAUCAGCUCUUAUUUGCCAUUAAUGACAGAAAGGGGAAUACAAGCAAUGUGAUCACAGUGAGAGUGGCUGAUGGGAAAACAGUGGAAGGGGAAGUUUGGAAAACAACACCUUAUCAAGUAGCUGCUGAAAUUAGUCAGGAACUGGCUGAAAGCACAGUGGUAGCCAAAGUCAAUGGUGAAUUAUGGGACUUGGACCGUCCAUUGGAAGGGGAUUCCACUCUAGAGCUGCUUAUGUUUGAUAAUGAGGAAGCCCAAGCUGUGUACUGGCACUCCAGUGCUCAUAUUCUUGGGGAAGCCAUGGAGCGUUACUAUGGGGGCCACUUGUGCUAUGGUCCACCCAUUGAAAAUGGAUUUUAUUAUGACAUGUUCAUUGAAGACAGAGCCGUGUCCAGCACAGAACUGUCGGCCCUGGAGAACAUAUGUAAGACUAUCAUAAAAGAAAAGCAACCCUUUGAAAGACUGGAAGUCAGCAAGGAAGUGCUCCUCGAAAUGUUUAAGUACAAUAAAUUUAAAUGCCGCAUCCUGAAUGAGAAGGUUAACACUCCAACUACGACAGUUUACAGGUGUGGUCCACUAAUUGACCUUUGCAAAGGGCCCCAUGUAAGACACACUGGAAAAAUUAAAGCCAUAAAAAUUUUCAAGAAUUCCUCAACAUACUGGGAGGGCAACCCUGAAAUGGAAACACUGCAGAGGAUCUAUGGGAUAUCCUUUCCUGAUAACAAGAUGAUGAAAACCUGGGAAAAGUUCCAAGAGGAAGCCAGGAACCGUGAUCACAGGAAAAUCGGAAAGGAACAAGAACUAUUCUUCUUCCAUGAUCUGAGUCCUGGGAGCUGCUUUUUUCUUCCCAGAGGAGCCUUCAUUUAUAACACACUUAUGAAUUUCAUACGAGAGGAAUAUCACCAACGUAACUUCACAGAGGUGCUCUCUCCCAACAUGUACAACAGCAGGCUCUGGGAAACCUCAGGCCACUGGCAGCAUUACAGUGAGAACAUGUUUACCUUUGAUAUUGAAAAGGACACUUUUGCCCUUAAGCCCAUGAACUGUCCAGGGCAUUGUUUAAUGUUUGCCCAUCGUCCACGAUCAUGGAGGGAAAUGCCUAUAAGAUUUGCUGAUUUUGGAGUUCUUCAUAGGAAUGAAUUGUCGGGAACUUUAAGUGGCUUGACUCGAGUUAGACGCUUCCAGCAGGAUGAUGCCCACAUCUUCUGCACAGUAGAGCAGAUUGAAGAAGAAAUAAAGGGGUGUUUGCAGUUUUUGCAAUCUGUUUACUCAACAUUUGGCUUCUCCUUUGAAUUAAAUUUGUCAACAAGGCCUGAAAACUUCCUAGGAGAAGUAGAGAUAUGGGAUGAAGCUGAAAAGCAACUACAAAACAGCUUGGUGGAAUUUGGAAAACCAUGGAAGAUGAACCCUGGAGAUGGAGCAUUUUAUGGCCCUAAAAUUGAUAUAAAAAUCAAGGAUGCUAUUGGCAGAUACCAUCAAUGUGCUACAAUUCAGCUGGACUUCCAACUACCAAUGAGAUUUAAUCUUACAUAUGUUAGUAAGGAUGGAGAUGAUAAGAAGAACCCUGUGAUCAUUCAUCGAGCCAUUUUGGGAUCAGUGGAAAGAAUGAUAGCCAUUCUCUCAGAAAACUAUGGGGGGAAAUGGCCUUUCUGGCUAUCUCCUCGUCAGGUAAUGGUCAUCCCUGUGGGGCCAACUUGUGAAAACUAUGCACUUCAGGUAUCCAAUGCAUUUUUUGAAGAAGGAUUCAUGGCUGACGUUGACUUAGAUCAUAGUUGUACACUAAAUAAGAAAAUACGAAAUGCGCAGCUGGCUCAGUAUAAUUUCAUUUUGGUGGUUGGAGAAAAGGAAAAGACGAAUAAUGCUGUAAAUGUUCGAACAAGAGACAACAAAAUUCAUGGAGAGAUUUCUGUAACUUCUGCCAUUGAUAAAUUGAAGACUCUCAAGAAAUCACGUACACUAAAUGCUGAGGAAGACUUUUGAAAUUCUUCCUUGUUCUUGCUUCUAUGUAACCUUGUUUUGAACCCUAAAAAUGCAUUUUUCUUAAUUAUCUUUAGUACUUCUGAGAACUUUUGACCCACUGAUGGGCUCAGUGAGAAAGGAGACAAUGAAUGAGUAGCUGAUAUUAAAAGUUUAAUUCUUUAAUGUCUCUGAAGCUAGUAAGAGGACAAGCUUGGGAAAUUCUUAAUUUCCUAAAUGCCUUGAAAGACUUAAAUGGGAAAAUAUUAUUCAUUGAAAGAGGGGAAAUACUGGGAUAUGAAGAUUAUGAGAUAUUAUUGCUGAGACUGGGUUUUCAAACAAUAGGCUUCAAAUAAAAAUCUGCAAAGCUUUUUUAAAUAUAAGGGAUAAUCUUAUUUUCUAGUAACAUUACACCUCAGGUAUUUUUAUGGUUGUCUUACUAAAGUUCACAUUGAAACUUUAUCUCCAAAAUUGGAAUCAUCACUUAACUAACCAACAACCUUAAAACAAGAAGCUAGUACUAAAUACUGGAUUACUGACCAAGGACUCUGAACUUCAAAUUCAGUGUUGUGGAAUCUACUGUUGUUUGCAGUAUAGGUUAAGAGUUGCUGUUUGAAUGCUUCUAAUUGAAAAUCGAGCCUUAUUCAUCUGUAGAAAAAAUAAAUUCCUAUAUAGAAUGCAGCACACAGUGUUUCCAGUAUUUCAGCCAUUGGCUUAUAAGUAAGCAGCUCCCCUAGAGUUAAAUUGCUUUUUUGAUGAGAUGAUGUAUUACUGAUUAACACAUUCGGUUAACCUUAAAAAUAAAACUGUCGGUUA